UCCCCCAGCCCCGGGGAGAGGGGGCCCGCGGGCCGCAUCCCUGGCACGCCCGUCCCGCUCUCGCGGAGGGAGCCGCUCCUGGGCGCUGCUUAGAGCCUCCGGAGAAGCAAGCGGAAGAGCGGGGACACUUCCAGGGGGAGGGACUCCGGGAAACCUGGCGCCAAAGGCUCUCCCGGGAGCUCAGCGGCCGCGUCCCUCUCUGUCCUUCCCGCAGACCCGACCCUAGAGACUCCGGCCCCAGCAGCAUGGCCAGCAUGCCGGCUACGCCCUCUCCUGCAGAAUUGAUGACCACGCCAGCUUUUCAUGCCCCUGAGACCCUGUCCCCACAAGCUGAAGAGGCCAGCACAGCGCUCAUUGCAGUUGUCAUCACCGUGGUAUUCCUCACCCUGCUCUCAGUGGUGACCUUGAUCUUCUUCUACCUGUACAAGAACAAGGGCAGCUACGUCACCUACGAGCCCGCAGAAGGGGAGCCCGGCGCCGUCCUCCAGAUGGAGAGUGACUCAGCCAAGGGCAGGGAGAAGGAGGAGUACUUCAUCUAAUCCCAGCACUGAUGCUGCAGUUAGAGAACAACCGCCCUGAAGCCAUGAGUGGCGCUGAGUGACAUGGGCAAAUCUGCUUGCCUCCCAGGACGUGGCCCCCAAUACCAGCAUCACCAACUCCAGGGUCCAGGGACAUGGACAAAGCUGCUCACAAUGGACAGUAGAGCUGGGCCUUGGUAAGGACAGUGCUCACAGCCAGCCAACAAAGUGGGGCCAUGCUUGUGUUGGAAGGGGCAGAUGUGAGGGAGGCCACAGGCUGGCCCACCCUCGUCCCCAACCUGGCUGCCCAGUGAGAGCCUCAAGUGUAGCUAUCCGUGGCUUCCUGGAGGCUGGGUGCCACAGGAAGGCGACUAUACCUCCUCUGUUUGCUGAGCCCUGCCAUGCCCCAACCCCCUUGAACGUGCCGUUCUUAUCCAGAUUAAACAUUACAAAAGUCA